AUGGGAGAUACCGAGAAGAGGUCGUUCGGCCAGACCAACGUCAAGGGCUAUGGCGCUACGUCGGCGCCCUACCAUGACAUGGAGGACGUCGAGUACAAUGACGAUCACAGCCGGCAUGGCGACGAGGAGAGGGGAAUGUCGUCGUCGGGCGAUCGCACGCGCAACACCAACUCUGUUGAUGAGUACCGCGGGCGACAGCGGCCAGAGGACGCCGAUGGAGAGAAUUGGUUCCUCUUCGACAAGGAGGGCAAGCAGAUGGGUGUCCUUCCCAACAAGUACAAGAGGGAAUUCAGCGAUGCCAAGCACAAGGUCACCGGCCUGCCGUGGCAUCACAUCAAGGUGGCCGUGAUUUCGCUGCUGUUCGUGGUGGCGCUCAUCAUGUUCGCACCCAUCGAGUCCCCGGACGAGAGCCCCGUGUCGCACCUUACUGCCGUCUCUCACGACACGGCCUAUAUCGUGGAUCUUCUUCCAAGCCAUCCUCUCGACACCAUUAAAGUCUUCGUCACGAUCCAAGAGCUAGUCAAUUCAUCCGGGAGCGUGUUUCCAAACCCAACGUACGUGUACUUCACCGUCGAGGGUCUCAUUCCCGGCAACGGUGCCAACUCGACCGACCACGAUGACGACGACGAUGACGACCACCACGCCGUCUCGGGCAUGAGCGGCGGCUCCAGCACCGAACUCGAGACGCCUCUCUACCCCGACGGCGAGUGGAAGGCUCUUCACUACUGGGAGAUUGCCGGUGACGCCUUCGAUGCGCAGAUGGACUCGCACUACUUCUACCUGACGGACGAGGACCGCGGCGACCACUACGCUCUGCGCCUGAACGUCACCUCCAACUCCAAGCAGCCCGUGGGCCUCAAGCUCAAGGUCUUGCAGCUGCGCCACAUCGUGCGAUAUGAGGUCAUCCUCGGCCUCGUUCUGCUCGUGCUCGUGUACGUGCUCAUCGUCUUCGAGUUGGUGCACCGCACCAUCGCCGCCCUGGUCGGUUCCUUCUGGGGCCUGACCUUCUUGGCCGUCAUCCAAGAGAGGCCCAGCUUCCUCGAGGUCAUCAUGUGGAUCGAUUACGAUACGAUCGGUCUCCUCUUCGGCAUGAUGAUCCUCGUCGGCAUCUUCUCCACCACCGGCUUCUUCGAGUACUCGGCCGUCAAGGCCUACAAGCUGUCCAAGGGCAACAUCUGGAACCUGGUCCUCAUGCUCUGCAUGUUCACCGCCGUCACCUCGGCCUUCCUCGACAACGUGACCACCAUCCUGCUCGUGGCGCCCGUCACCCUGCGUCUCUGCAAGGUGAUCAACCUGGAUCCGCUCCCCGUCAUCCUGGCUGAAGUGAUCUUCUCGAACAUCGGUGGUACCGCCACUGGUAUUGGUGAUCCUCCGAAUAUUCUGAUCAUUUCCAACGCCAAGAUGAGGGCCUCCAAGAAGGUGGACUUUGCCACCUUCACCGUCCACGUUGCUCCCGGUGCCGUUCUCGCCUUGAUUGUGACUGUCUGGUUCGUGAAGGUCAAGUACGGUAAGAUCCUGUCGGAGCGGUCGGCCUUCAACCCGCUCCAGCGUGAGAUCGACAUCUGGAAGAGGACCGCCGCCCGGAUCUCGCCCGUCGAGGGUGACGAGGAGAAGAAGGUGCGCACGGCGCUCGAGGACUACGUGGAGCAGCUCAACGAGAAGCUCGCCCAUGGUGCCGUGACCGAGAACAAGGAGAUCGACAUCACCGAGAUGGAGGAGAAGUACAAGAUCACCGACAUGCCGCUCUUCAUCAAGACUUGCUCUGUGUUGGCGGUGGUGAUUAUUCUGUUCUUCAUCCACCCGUUCGUCCAUGCCAUCAACCUGUCGCUCCCCUGGAUCGCCCUGACCGGCGCCAUGGCCCUCCUGGUGCUGUCUGGCAUCCAUGAGAUUCAGGAGAUCAUUGAGAAGGUGGAAAUGGCCACUUUGCUCUUCUUCGCCGGUCUCUUCGUGUUGAUGAGGUGCAUUGAGGAGAUGGGUGUCAUGCUGUACAUUGCCGACUUGACCGCCGACCUGAUUGCCGUCGUUCCCGAGGGUCGUCUUCGUCUGGGCGUGGCCUGCGUCAUGCUCGUCUGGGUGUGCGCCAUUGUGUCGGCCUUCAUCGACAACAUCCCCUUCACCACCACCAUGAUUCCCAUCGUCGUGAAGCUGUCCCAGUCGGGUCUGGGGCUUCCCCUUCAGCCCAUCACCUGGUCGCUCGCCCUGGGCGCCUGCUUGGGUGGUAACGGCACGCUCAUCGGUGCGUCGGCAAACGUCGUAGCGGCCGGUAUCGCCGAACAGCAAGGCUACCCCAUUUCCUUCAACUACUUCUUCAAGAUGGGCUUCCCGUGCAUGUUGGUCUCCACGGCGGUGGCCACCGUCUACAUCCUCAUCUCGCACGUCAUCAUUCCCUGGUACUGA